UACAUUCGCCGCAGCUUUCUAUUGGAACGGGAGCCGCUACCGCAUCGGAGCGCCAACAACAAGAAAUUUUACACAGCCGUCGGGCACAGGCGCAACCGUAAUGGCGGACGCCGCCAUCUUGGAGGGGAUGGCAAUACGUCAGGGCCCAACACAAUCUCCGCUGGAACGGGAUUCCAUCCCGACGUCAGAGAUAUUUUUGCAACGCUACCGCGGAGUUCGGGAUUUUAUCACAAACCUAACGGGCACGUGGUGCGAGACAACGCGGCUUUUGAGCCUGACGUACAGUCACGAGGGGAAAGCGGGCUGGCAGAUGAUUCGCCAGCCUCGUCUUCGUCCCGAGGAAAAACUAGUCACGAGAACAUUCAAGCCGCUGGGCUGGUUCGUAGUCGUAGUCUUCACAGUGACAGAGGCUUGCGACGGCAAUCAGACGCUGAAGACGUAGCGUCCGCCGGCGAUCAGGCAACCGCUUCUCAGAGCCGCGGGGAGCGAGGCUCUACGGGCGAGACAAACUCGGACUCUCACUCCAGUACAGACAGCACGGGAGGACAGCUCCCAAAUCCUGACGCGAAACCUCUAAACAGGUUACACAGGCAGAAUUACCCGUCGUUUCUCUCAGAGACAGUUAGCAGAGAGAAGUUUGCUCGACAAUAUGGUCCCUUUCAAGAGUAUCGUCUACCUCAGCUCACGCGCUCCAGUAAGGACUUGUUCAGGAGGAGAGAUGAAGAGGAGGAGUACGCCCCCAACGGACGCCGUCUUGGGAGCAUUACUACAUGGGAGGGAAAAUUCUCUGUGUUGCAGGACGAGCCACCCUUUAAGUGGCGGAACGUAAGCGCGGGACCCGCUUUUAACCCCCACCGACCUCAGCCAGCGUCUGAGAACUUUUAUUUAGGUAAAAAGCGGUAUCCCGACGUACGGGAGAUUUUCACCAACACGUGGGUUGACGACAGUCGGCGCAGGACCAUUGCAAAGAAACUGUCCUAUUUUAGCAAUUCUGAUUCUAGUCUGGAGUCUUUAUCGGAUCCUUUCGAAAACUUUGGUGCUGCUACCUUUCCGAAAGCCUCUAAACCCCGGUCACAAGAAGUGUCGCAAUCAGCAGAUCACAAAAGUGAAAGUUCUAGUAGUGUUAGCGAGGAUGUCUUUAUUCCUUACCCACAUUCAGCAUCACUGAAUAGAAACAAUUCCCAAUCUCCUUGGAUACAUGCUGAUGUCACGGAUAACAUGACGUCAAUCCCGUUUAAUGUGACGUCAAUCAGUCACAAUGAUAUGCCGGAAGUAGUCGAUGAUGAUGUGUCUGCGCAUGCGGACUCGCGUCUUAGCACAAACAUUCGAAACAAGGAAAGUGGUGACUCUGAAAGGAACUACUAUUACAAACCUAUCAGUAUUACGCAGUCCCCAGGUGGAUCUUUACAAGCAGGUGCUUUUCAUCCAGUUGUUUCUUUUUCGUAUGACGAUGACGGAAGUGCGCAUGUGCAGAUCAACACGCCACCGCGCAGACGACAUAGAAUUUUUGGCUCAGGAGAACCUAAUGAAAUUAAAUUUCGAAGGAAAAGAUUCUCGAAAAAGAAAUUAGUGUCUGCAAUUUUGUGUGGAACAUUUUUAUUUUUAUUAGCAUCCAUCCUUGUUAUGGUGUAUUUGCUGACGUUACCUGCUAAAGUACCAGCCGAUAUACCGUCUACAACCACUGCCACAACGAGGCCACUGCCAACAGUGCCACCUAUCGUCACGACAACAGCCCUACCGAACACGACAGAAAUUAUCAUAGGUUUUAACGGCUCGGUCCGGAUAGUCAAUAUCCAGUAUACGCCAGAGCUGGAAAAUAAGGAUACCAUACAGUACAAGGAGAGAUCCAGAGAGUUCUGUUCUACGGUGGACGAUGCCUAUUUGUCCAGCGACCUGCAGGACUCCUACCAGAGCUGCGUGGUGACAAAGUUUGGGAACGGCAGUUUAAUUGUCGAUUUUGAAGUGAGAUUCAAGCCGCCAUCCACUGAGAGCGAGUCGCACAGGGUUGCUCACCUCGAGGUCACGCAUGUGCAGAACACCCUUAACGAAGCAUUGAGCACGCAGUCUAACAGUCCGUACACCAUUGAUAAGAGCUGGAACUUUAGAUUUACUAAGUUCAAUGAGACUGUCGUGGUUGCACCUACAACUAGUAGAGACACUAGACUAAGUAGCACCACUAGUUCUACUACUACCACCUCUACUUUUACCACCACUGAUGGAUCAACCGACGCGCCUGCCAUCUCAGUUACAACCCCCUCUACUACUACUUCUUCUACUACUACUACCGCUGCCGCUUCUGAAACUACUGCCUUUCCGACCACUGUGUCGUCUACUGAUCCUACUACUGCUGCCUCAGUAACUACCUCUUCAUAUACUCCGUCUACUGCUUCAAACCCAGCGGCUAUCGCUACUGCUACUACAACUGUGCCAAACACGCCUCCGUCAACUGACACGGUUGAUACGACCCCUGCUACAACGGCUACUACCACUAUUGACACCACUACUACUCCAACUACUACUACUACUACUACUACUACUACUACUACUACUGCCAUAACACCUACCACUGCCCCUUCCACUACUACUACUGUUGCUACUUCUACCCCAAUUACACCAUCUACUGCAAUUACUACCACUACCCCGACCCCUACAUCUGCUACCACAACAACUGCAUCCACCACCACAACCACUACCACGCCUACAACUACAACAACUACUACGUCUGCGUCUUGGAGUAUUAACACGUCGCCUGCCGCAUCCCAAAACCCGUCGCACAGCUUCUACUGCCCCUUGCCCAGCGGGUUGUUCGCCCACCCAACCGACUGCACCAAGUUCUACAGCUGCACGGGCGGCCGUGCUACCCUCAUCCCGUGCGGGCUGGGCCGCAUGUGGAGCCAAGCGGAGCGGUUCUGCAUUGCGUACGACAUCCUCGGCUGCUGGGUCGCUAUAGCGCCCACGUCACUGCCGUCGGUACCGCCCACCUUGCCGUCCGACAUCGUCACCGUCGGCCCGCCAGUGGACUGCAGCAGCACUGGAUCUAAUAGUUCUACAUACUAUUUCAGGAAGGGGAGCGUAAUCGUAAAGUUUACCGUAGCGUUCAAACCCGUCCCACGCGGGAAAAUACGACUGGAUGGCAAGAAUGAAACGGUCUCCCUAGAAGACGCAGUGUUUUCGACAUUGAGUAGUGCGUUUGUGAAUAACUCAAAGGAUAAUUACACAUACGAUGCCCCAUCACUGUCACUGCAGAGGAUGCCAGUUUAUGCGGCUCUGCCGCCCUCUAAAAGUCCCACCACGACAGUGGCUUUUACUAGCACCUCAAAGCAGGCAGUCACGUCAACGUUUCGACCUAGUGCUAUUUCUACUGAAACUUCUUCCGAUUCAACAAUACAAUCGUUUACAACACCGACACCUACGAAAUUACCAGAGACUACAAAACCAGCAAGCACAUCACCAACAACAACACAUCGUGCACCAACACUUAUGUCAACCAAGCUGUCAUCAACCGUGACACAAUCAACAACAAAUCUACCUGUCUCCACUGCACGGUCUACCUCAGAGGUGACAAUUUCUGAAGAAUCGGUCACAACACCAUCGACAGUCUCACAGUCAACAAUGUCAGAAACAGACGCACCACAAUCACAAAGCACAACGCAGUUAACAACACAAUCAGCUAUUACUCAGUCUGUUACACAUCCGUCGAUUACAACUGAAGAAUCAGCUUAUACUUCUGUAACGGCACAGGACACAUUGUCAACAUCUGAUUCAGUUACGUCAAGUUCAACACCCACCAGAAUAACUGGAAAGUAUACAACGCUGUCUCCAACGACGUUUCCAAGUUCAGAAGCAAGUACGCAAUCAACAGAGGCUGCAGAUGGCUCCAAACCCUACUCGGAGAAAAGUACCACAUCUCUGUCUUUUGUUAGCAGAUCAACUGAUGCAGUGACUGUGACAACUUCACUUAGUGGCGUCACAUCACUGGGACAAACGACAUCAGAUGGUACCAGCGCUCAGUCAUACAAAACGUCUUCCCGAGCUGACGUCAGUGUUUCGACAUUAAGUUCUCACGUCACUCCACCACUCACCACACAGAGUGAGUAUGACAUCACCACAGCGUCUCCGGAAACGCCGUAUGUUUCUACGCGUAAUGAUUGGCAAUCAACUAUUCCGGGCGUUACCACUGAAAGCAGCAUGAGACUUACUACACGUGCUAAUGCAGCUGGCACAACAGACUCAGACAAAUCUAAGACCACCGUCGUUAAUCGAUUCAGUAGUACUGACACAUUUGUUAGUGGUACCACCAACUCUGUUGGAAUAAGCACAGCUGCAAUUUAUACAACUCAAACCAGUGACGGCACGACGGUCGGAACAACUGAAACUGGCAUUGGCACGUCUGAUAUUUUGACUACUGAUCCUGCCCCUCUCUCGACCGAAGCAAUCACUACUGCCUCAUUGUCUUCACCACAAACGCCACAAAGUACACAAACAACACACGCGUCGACACAAAACAAACCUGUCACUACCAGUGCCACGGAAGCGCCCCCUACAGUCCAGACGACCACAGGGAGUACGUUUGUUUGUCGGGAACAACAUGGGUUUUUUCCCGAUCCGACCAACUGUGUGUCAUUCUAUGCCUGUGUUGACUAUAUGCCGAUCAACCAUACUUGUUACCGCGGGAGGAUGUACAGCCAUGCUGAGAGAACAUGUGUCCGCUACGACCCGGUCGUCUGCGGCGAUGUGACCACGUCACCUGCCCAAGUUUCUACGUCAUCAACCACAACCUCGUCACCCGUGACGCCGUCUACGACGCUAGCAACCACGACCUUAGCAACCACACCCAGCACCACCACAACCACCACCACCACCGCUUCAUCAACCACCCGCGCCCCCACCACACGUAGACCCAUUAGGGGCCCUCUAGACGGCGGGAGCAACCCUUUUGGGUCGUUAAACGUUGAAGAGAACCCAGCCCCCACUAUGAGGCAGCCCUAUAUGUGUUCUUCAGCCGGCUGGGUCCCAGCCCCUGGUAGUUGCCUUAGGUUUAUAUCCUGCAAAGGGGCAGGGCAGUUGGGGGAGUUCUAUGACUGUCCUCCCGGGUUGAUGUGGAACCAGGAAGAGCGCGGCUGUUUCCCCUUUGACCAAGAGCUGUGCGACCAGGUGUUAACGUCUGGCUGGGAGUGAGGCUUGAUUACACAGGAAACGGCAGUCUGAUUGUAAAUUUUGAGGCCUAUUUCAAAACCCAGCUGGUUGCCAAGGAGGAAGUACUCGAAGCGUUCAAGACAGG